CCCAGGUGCAUACGCUCAGAAGCAACGUCACCGAAAUGAUUCGAUAAAUUCAUAAAAAUCAAUCGAAUUCAAUAGCAAAUAAAAUAACUACAAUAACGCCGUUUUCUUUUUCGCACGUGCUGCAAGCAAUUUUAUUAUGUGAUAUUAUAAACGUGAUAAGACUGCGGUAGUAGAAAGCAAAGGUUAAACUAAGCCUACAUGAACAGUUAAUGCGCGGGAGUUGAUAUUUAAACAAUUGACGAGUAUAAAUUAAUUACUUUAAAUAAGCGGCACGUAUUUUGCGAAUAUGUUUGAAUAUUUCAAGUAUAUUUUUAUCACUGUAUUAUCCACGUUCUUCAUUCACAUUGGGAUUGUUGUUUACGAUGCUAUUCAUCAUCCAGUUGCCGUUGGUCAAUUCGUUCAUCCCGACAUAGGCUUAGACAUAGAAACUUUGGUGAAGAGAAAUGGGUAUCCUUUUGAAAAACAUCAUGUCACGACGGAAGAUGGAUACAUCCUUGAAUUGCAUAGAAUUCGCCAUGGUCUUAACAAGAAAAAUUUGACAAACAGGCCACCAAUUUUAAUCGUUCACGGUAUCCUGGAAAGUUCAAUGGCCUGGUUAUCGGCUGGAGUAGAUAAAGCUUUGCCCUAUUACUUGGCCGAGCAAGGGUACGACGUUUGGUUGAGCAAUUGCCGUGGCAAUGCGUAUUCAAGGAAACACAUAAAACUGAAUCCCGAUGUCGAUAAGAAGGAAUUCUUCGAUUACAGUUGGCACGAAAUUGGAGUAUACGACCAUCCCGCAACAAUCGACUAUGUAAUUAAAAAGACAGGAAAAUCGAAAAUAUUUUACGCAGGUCACAGCCAAGGAUCCGUAUCAUUCAUGGUGAUGAUGUCCGAACGACCCGAAUACAAUAAGAAAAUAAAAGCGAUGCUUGCGUUGGCGCCGGUGGUAUUUGUCGAUCACGUCAAAUCCCCAACGUUUUAUAUACCGGCUUUAUUCCAAAACGCGUUUGAGUGGAUAGUAGAAUAUUUCGGACUGUACGAAUUGUUACCAAAGUCUGAAAUCAUAACGCAAAUCGCAAAUAAAUUGUGCAACGAUGAAUCUCGUCUCCAAAAACUUUGCUCCACUUUAUUGAAUAUCAAUGGAGGUUUCAAUGGCGACAAAUUCAAUUCGACUUUAUGGCCAGUCGUUUUCUCCCAUAUACCAGCAGGAUCGGCCACAAAGCAAUAUAUGCAUUACACGAGAAAUAUCUUUAAUGAUUUUAGGAAAUUCGAUUACGGCGAAGCCAAGAAUUUAUUAGUUUAUGGCAACAAGAUUCCUCCGCUCUACGACUUAAGUAAAGUUGCUGCUCCAGUAGGAAUAUUUUACGGCAACAACGAUUGGUUGACUCCCGAAAAGGAUGUACAAAAACUGAUCAGAAGUCUUCCAAAUGUGGUUAUGGUUCAUAAAGUUGCCGAUGAGAAUUUUGCUCACUUCGACUUCUUAGUUAGUUUACAUGCCGUGGAUAUUUUAUAUGACAAACUUGUAAAUCUGAUGCAACAAUAUAAGUAAAAAGAAAUAAU